AUGAGUGGCAUUCAUCGGUUCCUGACGCGUCGCGACCGGCACAAUAAGCUGAACAAGCAAAGCAAAGAAGAGGCUUCCAAUAUUCUUUCGCGCCCUCUGUUCCAUGGAAUUUUCAAGUCAGAAACCACACUGGAAGAUCACGAUCAUGAGAAGAAGGUCAAAGCCCUCGCUCAGCGCCUUAAACAGCUUGGAAUUGUUGCGAUAGAAGAAGAGCAUAUGAAUUAUGCAUUACAAGCCACAGACGGCGAUACAGAGAAGGCAUUCAGUCUGCUGCUUCUGCUAGAAGACUCUAUCGAAGGAAUAAUCAGGAAUUACACUCCCAAUACGAAACUCCUAGGCGCAGAGAAUCGUCAAGGUGUUACAUGCUAUCUGGACGCGUUAUUAUUUGCUAUGUUUGCCCGUCUCGAUUGUUUUGAGGCCAUUCUAUACAAAUCCUUUAAUGAUGAGCCUCGUCGAAAGCUUGCAAUCCUUCUGAGACUAUGGGUGAAUCUGCUGCGAUCAGGCAAGCUCAUCAAAACAGAUAUGACAAAACACCUACAGGAGUCCCUAGCAGAAUGUGGCUGGGAAGAUGCGGCCAAACUUCAGCAACAGGAUGCUUCAGAGGCAUUCACUUUCAUCACCGAAAAGCUAGAACUGCCACUUCUGACUUUGAAGAUGGACAUCUAUCAUACUGGAAAGGAGGAUGAAAGUGAUGACCAUAAGUUCAUCAACGAGAGGCUUCUCGAGGUUGCCAUACCUCCCGAGCCAACUGAUGGACAGUCACUUACACUGGAAGACUGUCUGGAAGCCUACUUCAACAACAUGAUUGAAGUCAAACGACACAUGGCACGACGUAACACCGCUAGCUCGAUUAGAUCGAUGGAUUCACUCUCUAUAUCCAAGGGAUCCACCUCGCAUGUUGAGACGGUGGAGAUUGAGACCACGCCCACUAUGUCUCCUUCUCAAACAAAUACGCCGCGGGCCGAAAAAACAAACCCAUGGUCAUCGUUUAGUGAGUUCACCGAAUCCCUUGAGGCAUCUCGGGCACCUGGUCGGCGUGCUAGUAUAGUUCGGGAGCGAUUCUUUCCAGAUCCAAGUGAGGAGACAAACACCGGAGAUUCGAAACCGGAGAAAGAUACCAGUGCAGAGCAAGAUACCAGUGGAGAUGCGCAACCGCGAAGGGGCUCAUAUAAGAAAGAGGUAAUGAUGCCUGCAUGGCAAUUUUUCAGCUUGAUACCCUGGUAUACUGACAAUACACCAACAAAUGACGCGCAAGUUGCAGCACACUUUUCUUCAAAACGGCCGAUUCUUGGUAUGUGUCUGAAACGCUAUUCCUUCUUGCCAGACGGGAAGGCAGUCAGACUCAAUACACACAUUGAUAUACCAACCGAGAUCGGCCUACCUCACUUCAUCCAGGACGACAACUUGGAUGCGAAUGCUCCUAUCUAUGGGAGCUUUAAACUCUCUUUACAGGCUCUGGUUUGCCACAGGGGCAACUCGGUUGACUCGGGGCAUUACAUUUCCAUUGUCCGAGGCACUAGUUGCCCCAAUGGUAGCACUCCUGUCACCACUGGCCCGGAAGCCCCGGAGACAUCAAAACACUGGAUGCGGUUCGAUGAUCUCGCAGCAGAACGAGUGACAUUGGUUGACAUUGACGACGCAUUGAAGACUGAAUCCCCAUAUCUUCUGUUCUACCAAAUUCUUCCGAUCGGCGAAGAUCCAUCUGCGCUCAACAUUCCAAAUGCACCAUCAUCGCGGGCUUCAGACGGCAGUACACUAGCCGACCAAAUGGAUUUCGGCGCAGAGGACUUUGUUUCCGACCGACCAAGUGUUGAGGUCACGGGGCCAUGCGAGACUGAUGCACCAACAUUAGCCAGCAUCGCAAGGCGAUCCAGCAUAGCAUUCUCAGAAACCAGUAAUCCAGCUGGUCUUCAACCGCGCUCAGUUCCAUCAUCAUCGCCUAGGUUGGCAUCGAUGGAAGAAAUAAGCACAAGGGGGACUUCGUUCUCGCGCCGUGGGUCUCGAUCGGCCAGGAGUACUCCCGGAAGCCGUGCUGGCAGCCAAACGGGAGAAAAUAGAAUCAGUGCCACUUUUUCACGCUUCGCUGAACGGCUUAGUCGGGAUAAAAUUAGCCAUGAAUUUACUGAGGGUAAAGAAGAUGAGUCUGCAUUGGAGAUUGAUGACACUGUGGACGAUAUGAAACUCGGGCCAGCUGCCCUUGAGAACAAGGAGAAGCGCGGAAGAGGCCUAACAAAGGAUCGCGAGAAGCAGAAAGGGAAGGCAAAGGAGAAGUCCAAGGAGAAGGGCAAGAAAUUGGAUCGAGAAUGUGUAGUAAUGUGA